UUGUAUAUAACACAGAUAUAGCUCUGGAAACGUACCACAAUCGGAAAACGUUUAACUGAUUUCAAACGCUUACGCUAAUUCAAAUGAACUAAUAAUGGAUAUAUUAAUGAAAUCUUUGAAUGAAGAUGACAUCGUACGUGGUAUAUCACGUAUCGCGAACGCGUGUGUUGUCAUAAUGCGAGGUCGAUAAAAUAGACGGUCGCGCUUUCAAUUGUUUAUUCUGCGAUCAGCGAUCUAGCAGGCUGUGCUGGGUCGCGAUUGGAUCGCCGGGAAAGGGUUCAGUGCAUCUGGCGCGGGGUUUGACGGUUUCAGUUUGGUUGCGAUCUGAGUCUUCGGUUAAUUUUUGAAUUUUGGUGGUUCCGAAGGGUUGUGAAUAAGGGCUUCUUGGAGAUUUACCGAAGACAUGACUGUUUCAGAUACUCUCCACAUGGACAAUUCAACUUUACCAGAGUUGAACAGUGAACAUGACCAACAGUGCCUUACGCCGAUUCAAGAUUUCUACAAGGACACGAAUAUCUUCAUUACAGGCAGCACAGGAUUUCUGGGGAAGAUUUUGAUAGAGAAGCUACUGAGAAGCUGCAAAGAUGUGUCGACAUUGUAUCUUUUGGUCAGGAGCAAGAAAGGAAAAAAUGUCCAUACUAGAGUUGAAGAAAUAUUCGACGACAUCAUUUUCGAAAGGUUGAGAAAAGAAUGUCCGAAGUUUAGACACAAGGUAGUGGGGAUAGCAGGUGACUGUACAUUGCCUGACUUGGGACUCUCGAUCGAGGAUAGAAAACUACUCAUGGAUAAGGUAAACGUAGUAUUUCACGUGGCUGCCACGGUACGGUUUGACGAGAAGCUGAACAUCGCGGUUGCAAUCAACGUAAGAGCUGGCAGAGAUUUGCUACAGUUGGCCAGAGAAAUGAAGGAUUUAAAGUCCUUCAUUCAUGUCUCCACUGCAUUUUCAAACUGUGCAGCAGACUUGACCGAAGAAAAAUUCUACGAACCUGUUGUGGAUUAUAAGAAGGUCAUGAUGAUGGCUGAGUCUUUACCAGAGAAGAUGUUGGAUAAAAUCACCCCAGUGAUAUUGGAUAAAUUCCCGAAUACAUACGCUUUUACAAAACACGUUGCUGAAGAUGUCGUCCGAGCAGAAGGAAUUGGAUUACCAGUUGGAAUUGUGAGACCCUCUAUAGUGGUUUCGACCUACAAAGAACCCAUCCCUGCCUGGAUCAACAACAUGUACGGAGCCACAGGAGUUUUUGCAGGUGCAGCAGUUGGACUGCUCAAAGUCCUCUACUGCGAUAAAAACUGCACAGCUAACAUUGUUCCUGUCGAUAUGGUGGUCAACUCAGUUAUUGCAUCGGGAUGGGAGAUUGGCACGGAGUUCCAGAAGAACAAGAAUGCUGAGACUAAGAUAUACAACUAUGAAAGCAGUAACGACAAUCCCAUCACGUGGGAGUAUUACAUGGCAAAGUCAGGAGAGUACGGUAUGCCUACACCCUCACUGAAGGCAGUAUGGUAUUACAGCUUCUUCCUGACCAAAUCACGACUACGAUAUCUAUUCACGAUAUUUUUCCUGCAUACUGUACCUGCUUUCCUCAUAGAUGGAGUAUUACUCUGCAUAGGAAAAUCACCAAAGAUGGUCAAGGCGUACUCAAAAAUCCACAAAUUCGGAGAAGUGAUCUCCUACUUCUCCAUAAGGACAUUCUACUUCAAAUCACAGAAUAUAAGAAAAAUGUUAGAAAAGAUGACACCUAAAGAUCGCAGUAUCUUUUUCUGUGAUUUGAAAUCGCUGAAUUGGGACGAAUUCUUCAAAAUGUAUGGCCGAGGUGUCAGAGUCCACCUGUUGCAGGACCCAAUGGAUACAGUCGACGAGGCUAGGAAAAAAUGGAGAAGAUUAUACUGGAUCCACCAAACCGUGAAAGCAGUAUUCGUUUUUCUGUUGCUGAGGAUGCUGUGGUCGAUAUACUUGUGCUUUUUCUAAUUAAAUCAAUAUUUAUAUGUAGUUUUAGUUAAACUAAUUGUGGCUCAAUUUAGUGAUAUUCGCGUGUUUUGUACUAGUGAAGUUAUGUGUAACUAAUUUUUUUAUCUCAUUAGUA